CCGCCUAGGGCUAAAUCCCCAACCCCACCAUGGACAGACCAGAAUCGCGGGGCCCUCCACCGGGCCCCCUUCGGCUAUUCUUCCUUACCUGUUUCGUGAUGCUGACAGCUCUUCUGACGUAUCCAAUGCUCAGGACCUUUAGCUUCUGGCUCCACUCCUCCCUCACUGGGAACUAUGUCUCUGGCUCUUAUUCCAUCGUUUUUGUCAACUGUCCCAAUGAGCAAAUUGCCAGAGAUGUUGCCAGGUACAUCCUGGAUAAGAAGAUGGCUUCCUCUGCCAACAUCUUGCCUAAGACCUCUUCACUGUACUUUUGGAAAGGAGAAAUAGAAGAAAGCACUGAAGUCUUGUUGCUAAUAAAGACGAAGACUUCCAAGGUCCCCUGGGUGUUUGCCUAUAUGAGGUUGGCGCAUCCUUUUGAAAUCCCAGAGGUCUUCAGUAUUCCCAUGGACCAAGGAGAUGCUCGCUAUUUACAAUGGCUUGAGGAGGGCAUGAAGGAGAACUAAGGAGAGAGAACCUUACUGUGCAGGCGUCUGGCUCUAGCCUUUGUUGACUGUGCUCUGGGAAAAAGCAGGCCUCCUUCUGCCUCCCACUGAGUGUUCCUAACAGCAGACAGGUUCUAGCUGACCUGUGCAGGCUGAAUGAAGGGCUGAAAAGUUCAAGGCUGGAAGUGAGGGCCAAUCAGGCCUUCAAGAACCAAGUGGAACCGGUUUCUGAGUGCCUUGUGUUUUCAGGUGACCUGAGGGUGUGUCAGCAAGGAUGAGGGGCUGAGGGAGGCAGCAAUGUUGGCGAGGUUUCUCAUCUUCAGUCUCUGGGCUGACCAUAAAGUACCUAUGGUGUAAUUGUUUUUUUUUUUGGUUAGGUGUAAUUGUUUUUCUGUUUCUUGUCGGGAGGGGUGACCUUGAUCAUCUAGGCGUGUGUGGGAGAGCUACCUUCUAAAGCAAUUGAUAUGGGCUCUAUUCAAAACAAUGAAUCAUCCUGGUAGGA